AUGCCAGGCUCAAUUUCCCUUGCUCGAGAUUGGGAUCUCGGUCAGGAACAGAGAUAUUUGGCUAUUGAUCCUUCUGGGGAGGAGAUUUCGCUUUACCAGACUGACAAUACAACAGAAGACGAAGAUAAGAAUAUUUUCAAAGUGGCAUCAAGAGGGGGCUUCGAUAGCAUUCAAUGUCUCCAUUACUCCAGGGCUGAUGUGGGUAUAACAGCCGUAGGGCAAUUGAAUGGUUCAGCAUACAUAUUUGACAUAUCGUCCCCUCAGUCCUCAUUACUCAGACUGAAACCCAAGCAAGCUAGACCCUGUAACUCUAUUGGAUUGAAUAGCCAGGGAUUGGUUGUUCUUGGCUUUGAUAGAGGUCGCCAGGAUCACAGUGUACAGAUAUGGGAUAUGCAGCAUUACUCUCGAAGCAGUUCGAAUGAUCACAUCACCAAGCCCCUGGUGAAAUACGUGCAAAACGAAGCAAUUCUUUCAACCACAUUUCUUGAGAACGAACCAACUAACUUAGUUACCGGAAGUUACAAGUUUUUGCGUGAGUUUGAUGUUCGUUCUGAACAGCCAUUGUACCAAUUGGCUACCAAGUGUACCUCAGGUGUUACGGUGGACCCGUUUAAUCCUUAUCACUUUGCCUCCUAUGGUGACGAUGGAACUGUCUCGUUCUGGGACAGAAGGAAGAUGGUGGCCAAUACGGCCAAUGCCUCCUCUACGAUUAUAAGUGAGGCUCCUCUGCUCACUUUCAAUAGAUUGCUAUCAGACCAACGCAAAUCGAACCCUGCGUUUUUCAGGUUCUCCACCAUCACUAGAGGUGAAUUUUCCGCUUUGUUUUCGGGUGACCUUGUCAAAAGGUGGCAAUUGGGUUCAAUCCCAGCCUCGAAACAAGGAGAAAGGUCAAACAGCGACCCUGCCAAGCCAGAACUCAAGCCCAAAUCUGGCAAAUCACUGUUUGUGUCCAAGGUAUCAGAUGUAAAGACCAAAUAUGAAAGGGUGAUAUCAUUCGAUUACUCUCCCAAUUUGAAUACUGAGCACGGCAUAGAUCUUGUGUGUAUGAGACAGUCUGGAUCAGUGUACCGGAUGCACGUGGUAUCAAGUCAAGAAGCUGUGGAGUUCAACGCGUUCAACGAUAUCACGUUCUCGGGACCAGUGGGAACUUUUACCAAGAUGGUUAAGGAUUCACUGGACGAUGAUGCCGACCAAGCCGAGACCGCCUCUUUGACUGAAGCUGCAUCCAAGAAGGAUGACCACUCUCACGCGAUUUCGUCUACCUCAAAUGCCGCAAGUGAUACCAGUGAGACCGACAAUCUGAAUGCAGAAGAGAUGGAUAUAGAUGACGAAGAUGGGGAUGAAAGUGAUGUUUCGCGCAUGUUUGUUUCGGAUCUCCUGAUGAAGCCGGACGUUCUAUUGGACAACGAUAUAUGUUCGACCAUAAGGCGAAGGGCCAGCUUAGGAUAUGGUGUUGAUCUCGCCCAUAACAUGUCUAUAGUGGACCAGCAGCACACAAUUGGCUCUCAAGACCAUCUAAGGAACAUCUGGAGGUGGAUGGAUAUUAUUGCAAACAAUGUUGCCCAGGGUCACAUGAUCUCUGGUGACUACGAUCUUGGUUUCUUGGGUGUGUUAGGCAUAUGGCACGGAGUGGACGGAUUCCAGAAUCAGAAGAGAUACCGUGGCGUUGGUGUGAUGAACAACGAGGAUCUCAUUCAUGCCACUAAAUCUUUAGUGGAAAGACGGUUUGCACAGAUCAAAGCAGCGUCCAGUUCGAUACUCCCUGUUGAACGUAAGAGCCAGAAAGAGUAUCAAAGACGGCUUUGCAUGUACGUUGCUGGAUGGGAUUUCGGAACGAAAGAGUUAAACGAAAAAUAUAAGAACUUGGUUGCCAAAGAGCAAUACGAGAGAGCGGCUGGAUGGGCAGUUUUCAAUGGAGAUGUUGGCAAGGCAGUGGAGAUUUUGAGCAACUCCAAGAGCGAAAGACUCAGAAUAAUGUCUACUGCCGUUGCAGGAUAUCUUUCCUACAAAGAUUCACCAAUGAACAGUAUGUGGAGAGACCAGUGCAGAAGAUUGGCCUUAGACUUGGAAAACCCAUAUUUGCGGGUAAUCUUUGCCUUUAUUGCCGAUAACAAUUGGUGGGAUGUUUUGGAUGAAGCUGCUCUGCCUCUCAGAGAACGUCUUGGAGUUGCGUUGAGAUUCCUGCCCGACAACGAACUCACUGUCUAUCUUGAUCGCAUAGCCAAAAGCGCUAUAAUGAGAGGAGAAGUGGAAGGAAUUAUUUUGACAGGAAUAACUCCAAAAGGUAUCGAUUUACUGCAGUCAUACGUGGACAGGACCAGUGAUGUCCAAACUGCAUGUAUAAUAGCCGCUCAUGGAUGUCCUAGGUACUUUAGCGAUCAAAGAGUGUCUUCAUGGACUGAAAGCUACAGGAAGCUACUCAAUAGCUGGAGCCUGUUCAGUGCCAGAGCCAAGUUUGAUGUCUCCAGAACCAGACUAUCGAAGACAAUGGAUGGAAAGGUGACCACGAAAGUCGUCCCCAGGCAGGUUUACCUACAAUGUGUCAAAUGCAAUAAGAACAUUGCUGAGACCAAAAAGUCCACCGUGGGAGGAUACGGUAUUGCAAAGAGUGGCUACGUCAAAGGAUUCGGGUCAGGAAAAUUAGGUCAUCCAAACACGAGUUGUCCUCAUUGUGGAUCAGCUCUUCCCAGGUGUGCCAUUUGUUUGUUGCCUCAGGGAGCUCCGUUGCCAAAGGAGUAUCUCAUGCUUGAAGGAGAGGUUGAUACCCCGGAAGUGAAAAUAGCAUCGCAGUUCAGGGAAUGGUUCAGUUUUUGUCUUUCAUGCAAUCAUGGAAUGCAUGCCGGUCACGCCGAGGAAUGGUUCUCCAAGCACUACAUAUGUGCUGUUCCAGAUUGCGAUUGCAAGUGUAAUAGUAAAUAG